UUAACGUACGUUUCACCCGGAAGUGAAGCAGGGGAGGGGAGCUAACUGACUCAACCAGUGAUUUAUCUAGUGAUAAAACCUGACUGGGCUUGACGACUGAGGGGGAUGGGUGAAAGCGGAUCGCAUGGUCACUGAGGUGCAAGAGUUGUCUGUUUGUAAGACUGAGGUCCCAUCUUGGUGAGAAUGACGAUGGCACACGCAGGGGCUGUAGUUGCUGCGGUUACCGCUGUGAUGGCAAUUCUGCUGCACUCCUCCAUACACAAGAUCGAGGAGGGACACCUGGCUGUGUACUACAGAGGCGGGGCUCUGCUGACCACGCCCAAUGGCCCCGGCUACCACAUCAUGCUGCCCUUCAUCACCACGUACAGAUCAGUGCAGACGACGUUACAAACGGAUGAAAUAAAGAAUGUGCCCUGUGGAACCAGCGGGGGCGUCAUGAUCUACUUUGACCGGAUAGAAGUGGUCAAUAUGCUGGUUCCUUCUGCAGUGGUGGACAUCGUGAAGAACUACACUGCCGAUUAUGACAAGACGCUGAUAUUUAACAAGAUCCACCAUGAGCUGAACCAGUUCUGCAGCGUUCACACCCUCCAGGAGGUCUAUAUCGAGCUCUUCGAUAUCAUCGACGAAAACCUGAAGAUCGCCCUCCAGAAGGACCUGAACGUCAUGGCUCCUGGCCUCACCAUCCAGGCUGUACGUGUCACAAAGCCCAAGAUUCCAGAGGCGAUCCGAAGGAAUUUCGAGCUGAUGGAGGCGGAGAAGACCCGGCUCCUCAUCACUGCUCAGACGCAGAAAGUGGUUGAAAAGGAGGCAGAGACUGAGAGGAAGAAGGCUAUCAUCGAGGCCCAGAAGAUGGCCCAAGUUGCUGAGAUUCAUUUCCAGCAGAAGGUUAUGGAGAAGGAGACAGAGAAGAAGAUUUCAGAGAUUGAAGAUGCUGCUUUCCUGGCCAGGGAGAAAGCCAAAGCUGAUGCAGAAUACUACACAGCGGCCAAAUUCGCUGAAGCCAACAGGCUCAAGCUGACCCCAGAGUACCUGGAGCUCAUGAAGUAUCAGGCCAUCGCAGCUAACAGCAAGAUCUACUUCGGCCAGGACAUACCUAACAUGUUUGUGGAUAACAGUGAUCGCCGGCAUGGCACUCUACACAAGCCUGACCUCACUGAGCUCCUGGGGAGCAUGGAAAAGGGGGAGCGGCCCGGGAGGACCCAGCGGGCCGCAGCCAAUACGGAGCCUGCUGCCUGAGGGGCGGAGCCUGCAGGGGGUGGGGUGUUUUCCCUGUAAGCAGAGGGGGCGUGGCAUGCUUUUGUUUUGUUUUUGGAGAGUGUGCGUGAGGGGUGUGUGUGUGUGUGUGUGUGUGUGUGUGUGUGUGUGUGUGUGUGUGUAUGUGGGUUGGAGGGGGGCAUGUAGCUAUGCAGUCAGAUCAAUGCACAAGGACAACUGCCGUUAGAUCGGUGAAAUGGAAGAUCAUCAAACGCUACCUGAUACACUCUGAAUGGACGUGACGGCCAAAUACCACUGGACCACCGAUAAAGACUCUGCUGCGGACAGCCAGCUUUUUGGUGUCGUGUUUUAUUUCUGCUGGAUUUUAUAUGCAAAUUCUGCCUUGGCCCUGCCAAUUUUUUUUAUUUUAUUUUAUAAUUUUUUUUAUUUUUAUUUUUAUGGCAUACAUGCAGUAUCUCAUUUUCCCACUUAUUUCCGGCAGGGGAGACAGCUGUAACCUGUCAUUAAAUCAAACUGGAACGAUCAGGCUUCAUGCUAAUUAGAGAUGCUCAUUAUGUGUGUGAAAAUGGGAGUGCGUGUUCAUGGCGAUGUUCUGAAGGUGUUGCGAUUGCUGGCUGAUGUGGGAGGUGUGGCUCCUGGUGUGGCUUGGGUCUGGUUGGUUGGAUGCAGAUCAGCUAAUGCAGAGUUUGCUGAUCUCCUGGCCGCUGGACGCUGGCGGUGUGCAGGAUUGAAGCUCCCUGCAUAUUCAGCUUAUAAUGCAUAAAUCAAAUGAGGCCGGGUAAAUUCCCGCUAGUCCGGUUACCCAAGAACUACCUGUCAGUGUAAAGCCUGGCAGCAGGGCUGGUCUCUGAGAUGGAGCUGAGUGGCUUUGAGUGGAUUUCCGGAGGGCUGUCAGCCUGAGACAACUUCAUUCACUCUGAAUGGAGAUUACUUGGUUGGGGAUUGACUUGUUAAAAACUUAGAGGUGCUUCCUGGAUAGAAAACAAAAAUGAAGGACCUUGUAAGUUGAGGAGCCUCAUCGUUUUCUAGGACCUCUAUGGUACAUCUCCAUGCCUGACUGGGGAGGCAAAAAUGGGUGAAAAACUGUUUGUGGAUGCAAGUCACUGAAAGAACCGGAUACAGUGUGUGUCUGCGGUGUCGUCACUUCAGAAAGGAAGUUUCCUUGGGCAAGAACUUAUGACCAUGUGUGAAGUAUUUUCUUCUCAUGACCUGCUGGCUGGUUACCGCACUUUUAGUCAUCAUGCCAUUCUGCCAAUUUGUGUAAUAGCUCCCAUAGGCUCAAGCAGCUUCCGCUAUCAUUACUGCAGCACAGCAUGCAUGGCAGUGUGGCUCUCACUAGGGGGAGCCCUUGUACUCCCAUGCUGGUAGGAAGGGUUAUUUUAUUGCUCUGGAUAUUGGUGGUGACUGGUGCUUGACUAGCAGAGAGUGAAGCUGCAAAGUGUGAAUCUAUGCCCUGUACCUCCUAGUGUUUUCGUUGUUAGUGUGUUGGCUGAGGAGACAUGCCCCAGAUAUCUUUUUGACUAGACUGGAUUUUCAUUUUCUUUCUGUUAAGGUGUUUACUGGGCUAAGAGGGCUCCAGAGUUGAAAUACACAAAUUAAAAUUGCUAAUCUUAGGUCUCUUUUAGUUGUAGAUGUUGAUUAAAAGCUAGUGCAGGUUUGAGUUUGUGGUGAUGGAACGGAAGACAGCUGCAAUGAAAGGGAGGUCAAAUGUUACAAAUGUUGACAACAUUGUCCUCUUUUUGAUGCUGGAAAACAGUCAGAUUCUGUCCCUUAAGAGCUGUAAUUUAGCGAGUGGUAGGGUGCUAACACACCAGACAUCAGUUACAAAGGCUCUGUGGUCCCUAAGAGAGGGAAUUGCACGUCUGAGUCGGUUUGAUUGCUUUGGGGUCGUUUGUUGACACUAACAGCCUCGGCUGAUCUUUCUGAAGAUAUGGUCAAAAAAAAGUCAAACUGGACCAAGAGACCCUACAUGCUGUCUCCUUCCAACCGAUCUCCUGAUUCCUCUUGGGUCUCUGUAACAUCCCAAAUAGCUCAGCACACGUUCCGUGCUAAAUGUUUUUUCUUUGGAAAUCUCUCAUUAUUUGAAUGUUGUGGUAAUGACAUCCUUUCCUGGCUUAGUAUUGUGAUCCAUCAGGUGGAAUUAAAUUUUCAUAAAAUUGUACUACUUUGUGAAUGUUACUUUUUGUACAAUCUGCGUAAUUUGAUCAGGAUCUCAUUUUAAAACCUUUUUAUGCAAAAAAUAAAGACACAGUUUGCAAAAUUUUCACAGAAAAUAAACCUAUUUUGAUAUCACUAA